AGAGAGAGAGAGAGAGAGAGAGAGACGCCAAAGAUAAGAAAUGGAGAACGGAGGUGAAAUCCCUGAAGACGCCAACGAACAUUGCCCAGGUCCCCAGUCGGAAUCUGCUGGAAAAUCUGAUGCCUGUGAAGGUUGCCCUAAUCAGCAAAUUUGUGCUACUGCUCCCAAAGGCCCUGACCCAGACUUAGUCGGGAUUGCAGAACGAAUGGCAACUGUGAAGCAUAAAAUACUCGUUUUAUCUGGGAAGGGUGGAGUUGGGAAGAGCACAUUCUCUGCUCAACUUGCAUUUGCCCUAGCUGCUAAAGAUUUUCAGGUGGGUCUCCUUGAUAUUGAUAUUUGUGGCCCAAGCAUCCCAAAGAUGCUUGGUCUAGAAGGCCAGGAAAUCCACCAGAGCAACCUUGGAUGGUCUCCGGUCUAUGUUGAGUCCAACCUUGGGGUUAUGUCCAUUGGCUUCAUGCUGCCCAACCCAGACGAGGCCGUCAUAUGGAGAGGCCCACGCAAGAACGGUAUCAUCAAACAAUUCCUCAAGGAUGUUUACUGGGGCGAGCUCGAUUUUCUAGUAGUCGAUGCCCCACCUGGGACCUCAGACGAGCACAUCUCAAUUGUCCAAUUUCUCCAAGCAACUGGGAUUGACGGUGCGAUAAUAGUCACCACCCCACAACAGGUUUCUUUGAUUGAUGUCAGGAAAGAAGUGAGUUUCUGCAAGAAGGUUGGACUUCAAGUUCUUGGUGUUGUUGAGAACAUGAGUGGCUUAUGCCAACCGGUGUCAGAUUUCAAAUUUAUGAAGGUGACAGAAACAGGCGAACAAAGAGACGUCACAGAAUGGGCUAUAAAGUGUAUGAGAGAGAAGGCACCGGAAAUGCUAGAUUUGGUCGGUUGUGCUGAAGUGUUUGAUAGUAGUGGUGGCGGUGCUGCAAAAAUGUGUAGCGAAAUGGGUGUUCCUUUCCUUGGAAAGGUGCCUUUGGAUCCUCGGCUAUGCAAAGCAGCUGAAGAAGGUCGAUCCUGCUUCGAUGACAGUAAAUGUGGGCUGAGUGCUUCUGCACUUCAAAGGAUUAUAGAUAAACUGGUGGCUAGUGAAAUGGUGUCAAGUAUGAGUAAUGGUGCCUAGGCGUUUGGUGUUAAUAAUAAUCUGUUUUGCUGGCCAAGGAUCCUUUGUUCCCAGACAUCCACGUCCCUUUGUUCCCAAUUCAUUCACUGUCAUUGGAUUGUAUCAAAAUCUCAAGAUAGAGGAUCUCUGGGCCUGUUUUGCUCAUGUGAGUCAGUUUAGUUGUCAGAUUAGAUGGAAGAAAUAAAGUGGUGGCUAAUGAAGGUGUCAUGUAUGUGUAUAAUGGAUAAUCUUCUUUCGUGGUCUUCUUUUUUUGUUUUUUGUUUUUUGUUUUUGUUUUUGUUUUUGGGUUUUGGAAGUACAUCUGUUUUGUAUUUUGAAUGUCUGAAUUAAGUUAUACGGAAUGAAGAAAAUUCACAGUUUGGACUCUGCUUAGCUUUUC